AUGGAGCGCCUUCCCAGAGACAUUGUACAACUCUGCAUGGAACCAGGCCGUAAAUCAGAGCUGAGAAGAAAUUCAGGUUUCCAAAAGCCCUCCCCUGUGCAGGCUGGGUGGAUAGGGAAGUGUGCUGGAGAGCCAGACAGCAAUCUUGCAAGUGAGACUGGGGCCCUUGAUAGUCCUUGCCCCAGCCCUGGUGUGGCAGGGUUGGCUGCUGAAAGUUCCCUGUCUGGAUUGUUUUACGGUUGCACAAGAGCUCGACGUGCUGCCCUGCCGGCUCUGGCUCCACGGGCCCUUCACCCCACAGGGAACACCUGCCAACAGCUCCUUGGCAGCUGCACUUUGUGCCAGUUGUACCAGCGCUGACGCUUUCCUCAGGCCCUGGGAAUGCGUCUGAGAGCUUCCAAAAGUCCCCAAUGCCCUUGCUUUGCCUUCUGAGUUCUGGGAACGCAGCUGAGGAUCUUCUACUUUGUGACUAUAGGACACAUGUCUACAACCACAACAAUAAUAGAUGGUAAGAACGGAUCCGUUCCUUCAUCAUCCAUGAAAGUGGGCAAGAAAUCAGUGACAGAAGACCUCGUGACAACAUUCAGCUCACCAGCAGCAUGGCUUCUUGUUGUUGCUCUGAUUGUUACCUGGUCAGCAGUAGCUAUUGUAAUGUUUGACUUGGUGGAUUACAAAGACUUAGCAGCCACCUAUUCACAGCAUUGCGAUGAUCCCUGUUUCCCUCCUGGAAGAUCUGUUCACAAGCUCAGCACAGAACCACUGAGAAUCAUUCAUGAGACACUGGAAGAGUCUUCUGAUUGGAUUUAUGGCUUUUUUUCUUUACUGUCUGACAUCGUAUGGAGUGAUGAUGAUGACAGUGAUGAAGGUGAAGUGGAACCUUCCCUGAAAAAAGAGAUUCAAAAACAGAAAACAGAGAAACCUGAAAAACGAGCACCAGUGAAAGCAACACACAGAGACAAACCUGAAAAACAAGAAAAAAUUGAGAGGAAGGAACCCCCAAAGGUGACAAGUAAAGACAAACUGGAAAGACAAGAAAAACCUGAAAAAAAGGAAAGGCAUGCAGCUGUUCACAAAGAGAAACCUGAAAAGCCAGAAAAACAAGAAAAGAAAGCACCGUCUAAAGUAACUCAAAAAGAUGCACCUGAAAGACAUGAAAAAGCUGAAAAGAAAACUCCUCCCAAAGAGGAGAAGAAAGUAAAGAGCACUAAAGUGGAAGCAAAAGUUAAAAAGGAAGUGAAGGAUGGAAAAGGAGAAGCAAAGACGGCAGAGAAGGUCAAGCAGGCAGAGACAAAAACUACAGAAACUGGGUUAAUAAAAGCCAAAACGAAAGUUAAGGAGGAGAAAGCUCUUCAGACUGUAACUAAAUCGGACAAGAAAGAUCAAUAUGCAUUCUGUCGCUAUGUGAUUGACAUGUUUGCGCAAGGGGAUUUUUAUCCAGGACAUAAGGAAUUCGCACCACCUCGUCUUCUUCUAGAACACAGUCCAAGAAAGAAACCAGCAGCUAUUGAAGAGAGAAAAGAGGAGAAGAAAAAGAGUGAUGAAAAGAAGACUAUGACUGAAACUAAGAUGAAAGAAAAAACAGGAAAAAAGGAGAAAGCUCAUGAGAAGACAGCUGUCCCUGAAAUUAAAAAAGCAGGGACUCACUGCCAUGAAAGGCACUAUAUAGGCUUAGAGGGAUUUUUUCUUACAGAUAAAAAAGAAGCUGCUGUGUCCAAAGAACUCAAAAAGCCAGCAAAAGCUCCUGCAGCCAACCCAGCCAUCAAAAAGGCAGCAGCACCAGAACCACAUAAAAAAGAAAAAAUAAUGGAACCUGCAGCUGUGAAAACUCCAAAGUCAAAAGCAGGACUUGAAAAAAAAGAAGGAAAAGCAACAAAGGCAGCAGUGCAAGAUAAACCAAAGAUGAAACAAGGAAAUCCUGGAAAAGAGAAAGAACUGAAAUCUCCAGCUGCCACAAAAAAUAAAGAAAAUGCUAAAGAAAAGGAAGGGAAGAAUCCUACAUCUUUGAAAGAAAAAGAUUCCCUGAAAGGAAAAAAUCCCAAGAAUUCAGAGAGCAUAAGAGAAAAAGGUAAUGGAAAAAGAAAAGAUGUGAAGCCUCCAACAGCCUUAAAGGAAAAAGACUCUUCAAAACGAAAAGAUAUUAAGGCUUCAACUAAUCCUAAGGAAAAAGCUGCAGUGAAAAAGGAGGGGGAGAAGAAAGCUUCCUCAGAGAACCCACAUGAACACAAGCAUGAACGUGUCAAACGUGAAAAAGCUGUCUCUCAGACUAAGCCAGAGGAGAAAAUGAAACAACAAAAGACUACUCCCACUGAGAAGUCAGCCCAGGCAAAGCCAGCAAAGCAUGAAGCAGUUAGACAUGAAAAAGAUGUCCCCCUUACAAAACCAGUGAAACCGAAAAACACUGCAAUCACAAAAAAACCAAAGACAACUAAGGAAAAAGAAGAAAAAGCAACUGCGAAGAAACAGCUGAAAGAUGAAAAAACUAAAGGUAACCCACCAGUAAGAGAAGAUCCACGACAUCAAAACCUGACGUCAGCUCCUGUACGCUACUUUCAAUGUGUCUUCCUAAAUGGACCUAAUGGAUUUGGGCUGCAAUUUCCUAUUAAUCCCCCUUCAAACAAGGAAGAAAAGACUCACUCAAAGACUUCCAAGAGAAAGACAAGGAAACCGGGGCAGUAG